AUGAACGUACCAAAAAUGUCUCUUUUUAAUUAUUUUUCAUUGUUUUGCCUCAUUUUUUCAUUAACUGGAAGCUUUGGAGCCAUCAAUUUUACGACAUCGUCCCCUGUUGUUAACGAAUAUCCCAUCGUUGGCGUGUUGGCGCAAGAGAUAGCGUAUUCGCUGGAACAAAAGUAUCCAGGACAAUAUAAAAGUUUUAUUGCUGCCUCUUAUGUCAAAUUUGUCGAAGGGGGAGGAGCACGCGUCAUUCCAAUUUUUAUUGACCGACCAAAAUCGUAUUACGAGGAAAUCAUGCGGAAAGUUAAUGGAAUUUUAUUUCCUGGAGGAGCCACAUGGUUCAAUCAGAGUAAUGGUUAUGCGGAUGCCGGAAUGUUCAUCUACAACAUUGCCAAAGAGUUAAAUGAUAACGGGACUUAUUUUCCAAUUUGGGGAACUUGUUUAGGAUUUGAGUUAUUGACUUAUUUGGACUCGAAUGCGACGGAGCAUCGGGAUGAUUGUUCGUCACAUAACCAGGCGUUGCAUUUGGAUUUUAAAGCUGAUGCUUUGAGUUCGCGACUUUUUAGUGUCGCUCCAAAAGAAGUAAUUGAAGAUUUACGAACGAAACCUGUGACAUCGAAUUUUCAUCAAUAUUGCGUGACGGAAAAGGCAAUGAAAGAAGCUCAGAUAGCAGAAAAUUGGCGUGUCAUGUCGACAAACUUGGAUUGGAAUGGAUUUGAGUUUAUUUCAACGAUAGAACAUGUCAAAUAUCCAUUUUACGGCGUUCAAUUCCAUCCAGAGAAAAAUUUAUACGAAUGGAUUCGCAACAAGAACAUCACUCACACAAAGGAAUCCACAAGAACUUCUCAAUAUUUCGCUGAAUUUUUCGUCGAUGAGUGUCGCCGUAGCAAAAACAACUUCAACGGAAACUCCACAGAAGAAGAUCUUUACAUGAUCUAUAAUUUCCCGUUAACUUUUACAGGCAAACGAAAGUCAAGCUAUGAGGAAUGUUACUUGUUCAAAGCUGAUGUCGACUAUUUCAACGGAGCUAAAAGUGUUGCGAUUGGAUUUGGAGUUCUUCUUUUAAGCACAGUUCAUGUUUGGAUUUAAUUUUGAUAUUUGAGAAAAAAUUGACGUCCAUUUUUUAAGAAAAAUUCGGGAUUUAGAACAAUUUAUUAGUAAAGAUUGAA